GGCCCUGUGAUGAGGUGGCGACUUGUUCAGGGUGUACACUGCCUUCCGCCCGAAUGCAGCUGAGAUAGGCUCCAGCCCCCACCGCGACCCCGAAAGGGACAAGCGGUAGCAAAUGGAUGGAUGAAUGGACAUACUCAAUUUCUGCAGAUCAAUUAAAGAAUAUAGGUGUAAAAAAAAUCAUGUCCCCUUUUGAGGUGACCGACAACAAUUGAGAACCACUGAUGAAAGAAAAUGAAAGGACGCUUAGAACCACUCCUGUUUUUUUUCCGUGUAUAAAAAUGUUAUAUAAUUAAUGGCAAAGCUUUGUUAUUGGUUAUUAGUAUCUAAAUGGCUGCUUGUUCCUUUAACAUUGUGCACUUUUUGCUAUUUCCUCACAAUUUUUUUUCGUUUUUUUUUCUUGUUUGAUUUGGAUUCCAUAAAACAAUCCAAUCCACUUUAUUUAUAUAGCACAUUUGAACAACACGGGCAGCACGGUGGGAGAGGGGUUAGUGCGUCUGCCUCACAAUACGAAGGUCCUGAGUAGUCGUGAGUUCAAUCCCGGCCUGGGGAUCUUUCUGUGUGGAGUUUGCAUGUUCUCCCCGUGACUGCGUGGGUUCCCUCCGGGUACUCCGGCUUCCUCCCACCUCCAAAGACAUGCACCUGGGGAUAGGUUGAUUGGCAACACUAAAUUGGCCCUAGUGUGUGAAUGUGAGUGUGAAUGUUGUCUGUCUAUCUGUGUUGGCCCUGCGAUGAUGGGGCGACUUGUCCAGGGUGUACCCUGCCUUCCGCCCGAUUGUAGCUGAGAUAGGCUCCAGCGCCCCCCGCGACCCCGAAGGGAAUAAGAGGUAGUAAAUGGAUGGAUGGAUGGAUGGAUUUGAACAACACAAAUGUUUCCGAAGUGCUGUACAAAAAUGUUAAAAACAAGAUUCAAAUACUAUCCUUAGCUCCACCAAUGACUGAAUAAAAACAAAAUAAAUAAAUAUAAAAACAAUAUAAAAAUAAAAACAACCAACCAAACGCUUUGAACAAGCUGCACUUCCACCGGGCUGCCACACGGGGGUGGUAGCAAGCGCUGCUACAUGUAGCUCAAUUUUCCAAGAUGUCGUCGCUGGAGCAGAGGCUGUCGCGAAUCGAGGAGAAACUAAAGCAGGAAAACGAAGAGGCUCGGCGGAAAAUCGACCUCAACAUCGACAUGAGUCCACGUCGAUCGAACCCGAGACCAAUCAUCGUGAUCCAGCUCAGUCCUGCUCCAGCUCCUUCCCAGCGUGCAGCCCUUCAGCUGCCCCUGGCCAAUGAUGCAGGAAGCAGGUCAUCAUCUUCAGAGAGCUCGCCUCAGCACCACCCCUUUCGUCGCAGACAAAUGCUCACCCUCCCCACACCGCAGUACGGCCAACAGAAGAGUCUAGAGAAUGCAGAGAUUGAUCAGAAAUUGCAGGAGAUCAUGAAACAGACAGGUUAUCUUAAAAUCGACGGACAGAGGUAUCCAGCAGAGGUGUCUGAUCUGAUCAGUGAAGGGGAGAUUGGCAGCGGCACCUGUGGGCAAGUCUUCAAAGUGCGAUUCAAGAAGACUGGACAUGUCAUCGCUGUUAAACAAAUGCGUAGAACAGGAAACAAGGAUGAAAACAAGAGGAUUUUGAUGGACUUGGAUGUGGUGUUGAAGAGUCAUGACUGUCCUUAUAUCAUCCAGUGCUACGGUGCCAUAGUUACCAAUACAGACGUAUUUAUUGCCAUGGAGCUGAUGGGAACGUGUGCUGAGAAGCUGAAGAAGAGAAUUCAGGGGCCCAUCCCAGAGCAGAUUUUAGGAAAGAUGACUGUUGCAAUAGUGAAAGCCUUAUUGUAUCUUAAAGAGAAACACGGUGUCAUCCAUCGCGAUGUGAAACCCUCCAAUAUUCUCCUGGACGCGAAAGGUCAGAUCAAACUGUGCGACUUUGGCAUUAGCGGACGCCUCGUCGACUCCAAGGCAAAAACACGCAGCGCUGGCUGUGCUGCGUAUAUGGCGCCAGAGAGAAUAGACCCUCCAGAUCCCACCAAACCUGACUAUGACAUCCGAGCAGACGUGUGGAGCCUUGGCAUCUCUCUGGUGGAGCUGGCUACAGGCCAGUUUCCCUACAAGAAUUGCAAGACAGACUUUGAGGUUCUGACCAAAGUGCUGCAGGAAGACCCUCCUCUGCUGCCUCACAGCAUGGGCUUUUCCCUCGACUUUCAGUCUUUCGUCAAAGAUUGCCUCACUAAGGAUCACAGAAAAAGGCCAAAAUACCACCAGCUUCUGGAGCACAGCUUCAUCCGGCGUUACGAGGUGCUGGAGGUGGAUGUUGCCGGUUGGUUUCAGGCGGUAAUGGAUCGCACCGAGUCGCCUCGCAGCAGCCAGUGUUACAGCCAUCAGCACCAGCUCCACUCACUCUUCAGCAGGUAGCCCAGAGAGCCUCCUCCUGUAUUAGCUUAGCUGUCCUCUUAAUUUAGUCUAGCCUUGGCCUAAGCAAGCGAAGCCUAGCCUUAGACUCGGCCCCGGCUGUCCACCGGAAAAGCCCUCAACCAGCGAGACGAAGACUCGAUGGAUUAUCGGAUGCAGUGAUUGACACCGGGAGGAACUGAUGGAUUGACGGCAGAUAGCAGUCAUUUAUCGGUGUGUCGAAUCUGGACAGGCAGACAUGGGAGUUAGUUUUAAGAUGUCAUUUGUAAACAUACACCAUUAUGUCACAUCACACUUGUAUAGACACUGAAUGUCUCAUUAUUCCAACAUUGUCACAUGUAUGUACAGACAGUCCCACAGUCAGUAGUAAUAUACUCACUUUGUACUGUAUAUCCACAUGGAUGAUCAAUGUUUGAAUAAGCAAUUGUAUAACAUCCACCAUUUCAUUUAUCAGCUGCAUAAUUGGGAGGAAAAACUGAAAAAAAUUAGUUGUUGCACUCUAACUUUGUAGAACGUGGCAUUUUUUUGUGUGCUUAAGAGACGGGAGAGGAGAGGGACGCUCAGAAGAGCAACAUCUACAUUUAGGAGGUGUGGUGGAUUGUCAGGAGUUUUCUAGAAAUGUGAGACGGAAAAGAAAAGGAGUGGUGUUGUAUUAAUAGGAGAUUGUGUUACACGGGUGGGGAAAGCGAGCUGUGUGGUUUUGAGAAGAAGGGACGCAGAACAGAAGACGUACAAAUAAUAGAAAAUAAGGUUGAUUUUAUCAGCAGUGGAGCAUGUCUUUGACUUCACUUGGUUUUUCUACCUCGUCUGUCUCCACUGUUUAGUGCUCAACAGUGUUUCUAAACCAAAGGUGGCGGUUGUUUGUGGAGGCCAAGAGACUCGAGGCAGUAAAAGUUCUCUUGCCUACUUCAUGAAUAAUUCACACUCAAACUGGUAUUCUCAAAAAGUGUCCAAAUAACUAGUUAAGCAAUGAAAUUACAAGGGCAAAAUACAACACAUAUUUCUAAAACACUGCUCUCCUGUUCUCUUAUUUUACAUAUAAAUGUUUUUUUGAGAAAAUCAGACAGCAUUCCACAAACAUAGUCGCAUAUGAUGCAGUGAAAAGUAUCUUUCAUAAUGGUUAUCAAUAUUGUAUCCAUUCCAAAUAUUUUCCCAAAAAUCGGUCAAUGUACACGUCACAUAAACCCAAAUGCUGUCUGUAAAACGGCUGAUCAAACAGAAUUCAUCGUCAUGGACCCACAAGCUGCAGAAGCUUGCUCUAAAUCAGCUAAACAGACUCAACAAGUCCACGGUGACGUUUUCGUAAAUUUAGAAAGCUGAAACAUUACAAAAAGAUUAGAAAGCUGAAACAUUACAAAAAGAUGGUCAUUGUAAGUUAAAGACUAACAAAGACAUUUGUAAAUGUGUUAGCUUAUUAGCUAAUGCUACAUUACAUUACAAUAGAACAUACAAAAAUGCAUGAAAACACUACUACAGACAUCACACAUGGGUGAUGUUCUUUUAAAAAAUCAGACCGCAUUCCAUAAACAUGGUACAUAUGAUGCACUGAAAAGUAUCUUUAAUGAAGAUUAUCAAUAUUGUAUCCAUUCCAAAUAAUUUCCCAACAAUCAGACAAUGUACACGUCACAUAAACCCAUGCACAAAUCUCAGCCACUUGGGGUCGUAACACUUUUGGUCGAUUAUAGACUUUUUUUUUUUUUAUGUCUUUAAAUACACUAACAUUGACUUGACACACUAUAAUGUAGUUUCGAAAUGACAAUGGCCACCUUACUCACUGCACCUUGCGAGUUUAAAACAAAAACAUGAAUAAAGUAUUUUAUUAUUAUAUUCAUGUUGGCAUUUAAGAUAGCUAGCGAUUAGCGCUCUAGUUGUCAGCUAGCGAUUAGAGGCAAGCUGGCAACUCACAAUUAGUGUGCUAGCAAUUAACGUGCUGUUGGCCAGCUACCUAUUAGUGGGACUAUACUGUUAUUUAAAUCCCAUAGUAUUGCACAAUAAUAAGGUACCUUAAGGACCAGUUUAAGUAAACUUUUUUUACAGGCUAUAUAAGUAGGGGGGUCACUGCUACAUCUCGCUGCCAGUUGGGGGGGGGGUCCUUGGCCUGGACAAUGUUGAAGACCCCUGCCUUUAAAUAUAAAUACAAAGGAACUGCACAUAAAACAGCCAUGUAUAUUGACAAAACCAAUAUUUUGUUACACUCCUAAUAUUUCCUAUUCAUUUAAAAAUAAUGUGAUUACGGGGUCAGAGCGUGUUAUUUUCAGAAAUUGUCAUCAAACAAGUUUUUAAGUAACCUCCUACUGACUUUUAUCUAUUAUCCUACUAAAUUCUAUUGAACAGGCUGCAUCCACUCGCUAAUUAACAUCAACACUUAUAUUUGAAUGUUGUCUUUUUCUCCAGUUUGCUUGCUGUAUAGUAUAGCUUUUUUUUUUAAACUAAUGUGUUUGCUGCCAUGUUUAAUGGCGACUGACUUUACACCAAACCAAAUCACUGAGAGACAGUAAGGAGUGGAUCUGAAAGAGGAAACCGUUAUGUGACAGAAGGGCAUAGAUGAUGGGAGUGUUGGAGAUGAGUGGAAAUAGAGAGGUGAGGGUGUUGAGAAAGUUGAAGCCUGAGGGAAACCUUAGUUGGAUUCCAGUAUGUGAUAAAUGAGAGGAAAAGACUAGUAGUUGUACAAAGCUUUCAUGGUGUUACACCAACCUGCCAAUUGUCAGUGAUAGCUUUUAGUAGAGCUCGUUAGCAUGAUAAAUGUCCGUUCAAACUACAUUAUUUAUUUACUGCUGCUA